AUGUACCGCAUGGAAAAUGCUCCCCAUGGAAAACCUGGGUUCAUCCAAUUGAACCAACUCACACCUCAUGCUGUAGGCCACAAUGACGAGCAACAUCUUCAGGUUAAUUAUUUCCUCACCAAGCCCCCUUUGGUCAUGGUUGCUUCCGUAAGCGUCUUCUUCAGAGAGAGAGAGAGAGAGAGAGAUCCCAAUCCAGUGAAUGUUUCUUCUGUGGCGAUGAUAACGUUACGUUCUGCACAGAAUUCCUGUAAAAUAUUUAAUAUUGCAAACGUAUCAGAGGAGCUAGUAGGCAAUCAGAAAUCUUGUGAAAAAGUAUACAGUACUAUGGUGAGGACAUAUGACGAAAAACUCAUGGAUCAUCUUCAUGGUCAGCUGCAGCAGGAACGUGUCUGCAAAUGUCCUCAAACCCCCAGAGGAUGUAACGCCGAUUUGCUCGUUGGAAGACAUGUGAGUCUGUUCCAGAAAUUUAGGAAGCUUCAUUAUGAUGGUCAGUCGCAAUAUCUGUCGCAAAUCAUAUCCCUCCAAGAACCAAAACGUAGGAGAGUUGAGGAAAAUAUAUCUCGUAGACAUUGCACUGUAAAGUACAGUAUUAAUGGCACUCAAGUAUGUAGAGGAACAGUUUGUUAUAUAUUCUCAAUUACGCCUAGAAGAUUACAGUGGCUUAUUGGUAAACUUAAAGCGAACAUGAAUAACCUUCAAGAUCAACGUGGAAAGCAUCUCAAUCGUCCUAAAAAGUUGAAAAACAUGGACGUAGGUCUCAUUUCCGAUCACAUCCGAUCGUUUCCCCUACAGGAAAAUCAUUACAGCAGAAAUACUUCAGCCAAACAAUGCCUUCCAGCUGAUCUAAAUAUCUCAAAAAUGUUCAGACUUUUUAAGGAGAAAUACCCCGAUGCAAAUAAUAUUUCCUUUAGGGUUUAUCACGACAUUUUCAAGAGCAAGUUCAAUCUGCGAUUUGGUCUACCAAGAUCUGACACAUGUUCGUAUUGUGACAAGCUGUUUAUGAAACUUUGUUCAACUGAUGACGCUAAUGAAAAGAAAAAAAUAGAAAUCGAGAGUGAGAUCCACCAUAGAAAAGCUGAAGCGGGUUAUAAAACAUUGAAAGAUGAUACCGAGACCUCUAAACUCAAUCCAAAUUAUGUUGUGUUGUGCACAGAUCUGCAACAAGUGCUUUUUUGUCCCAAUUUAACACAUUCAUCUGUAUUCUAUCAAAGGCAAUUCUCAACAUAUAACUAUGCUGUUCAUAAUAUGGGGGAGGAAAACGCAACAAUGUUACUAUGGCAUGAAGCAAUGGAGAUUGCUUCAGCACUACUAUUCUAUAUUACUAACAAGUAUAGUCGUCUCAAAGCAGGUGAAGAAAGAAAACUAGUUGUAUGGUCAGACAGAUUGUUAGUGUUGUUGACCCAAGUGUUUCUUUUGGUUUCUGAAACAGAUAAAAAAUCCAAGGCUGUGUGUAAGUUUUGCUGUUUUAAAUACGCCUUUCCAAACGCAACUCGCAUGACGAAUCAUAUAUUAAACCAAUGUUCAAAAUGUCCUUUGGAAAUAAAACAAAAAUAUGGCAAUGAAAUACAAUCGAGUUCGAAGCCUUCGACGUCAGAAGAAAAAGGAAGUAACAAAGAUAUCCUGCUAGAAGCAUUAGAAGAUACCAGUCUCCCGUCAACUAGCAAAAAGGACACGUCAUCAAUGUCAUCAUCUUCCAAAUCUCCAUUACCAUCAGUAAAACGCAAGAAAGCUAGCUGCCAACAAACAUUGAGCGGGUUUUUCGAUAAGAUAGCUGUUUCAGAGUCUUCUAAAAUUGAUGAGGCAUUAGCUAGGGCUAUUUAUGCUUCUGGUGCUCCUUUUUCUCUUUUCAAAAAUAAAUAUUGGGAACAGGUUUUCAAAAUGUUAAGACAGUCAUACCAAAUACCUAGCCCUUACGCCGUGUCAACAAACUUACUUAAUUCCGAGUAUGAACGUGUACAGAUAAACCAAAGUCAAAAGCUUUCUGAAUCCGAUAGUUUAUCAAUAGUAACAGAUAGUUGGAGAAAUAUAGUCGGAGAUGGAUUAAUCAAUAUUGUUAUAUGCACGCCUAUGCCUUUAUCUUACAAAACUGUUCAUCGUGGUACUGCAAAACAAACGGGAACAAAUAAGGAAGCUCUGCAAUGUACUGUAUUUGUGGAAAACCUGAAUGUAAAACAAAAUAUUAAAAAAGUUGUAUUGGAUGAUGCGUUCUGGCAAAACCUACAAUAUACUAAACAAAUCUUGCAUCCUGUAUCAAUAUCGAUAAAUUUAGUAGAAUCGGAUAGAUCUAUAUUAUCAGAAGUGCCUUUCGUCUUUAAGUAUAUAAAAGACACAAUAUUAGAUAUUCCCCAACAAGUUGACCUGACUAGUUCUCUUAUCAAAAGCUUGCUAAAGUGUGUUGAAGAACGCUACGAAUUUUGUUCUAAGCCAAUUCACUUUGCAGCCAAUCUUCUUGAUGUUCGGUUUAAAGGAGAAUACUUGAAUGAAGACCAACUAAUGGAAGCAAUAGACUUCAUUUCUGAAAUGGCUCGUUCACUAAAUCUAGAUGUAAGGAAGGUGGUGGCAAAUCUAGCCCAAUUUAGAACAAAAACUGGAUUUUUUAGUCGAAAUUCUUGAUGGGAUAGUGCGAAUAGUACUCAUCUCGUUAUAUGGUGGC